UCUCCCGUUUCUUCUUAGGGCUUUUCUCUCUCUAGAAAAAAGAGAUCUCCACUUUCUUCUUCCCGAAAAGGUUAGAAAGAGAAAAGUUUCCUCGCUCCCAGAAUGGCCCUCGCCACCGGCUCCUCCUCUCUCUCCACCAAAUCUCUCCUUCCGCCAUCCUCUGCCGGCGGCGGGCACCAACUUCAGCUCCCCUCACUCCUCCGCGCGGCCGGGCCACGGCCCGCCCCCCGACCCAUCUCCGCCGUACACGCGGCGGAGCCCGCCAAGAACCCCGUCGUCGCCGACAAGCAGAAGGUAGCGGCGCCGGCGCAGGAAGCGCGGCCGGGAAAAUGGGCGGUGGACAGCUGGCGAACGAAGAAGGCGCUGCAGCUGCCGGAAUACCCGAACAAGAAGGAGCUGGAGUCGGUGCUCCAGACGAUCGAGGACUUCCCGCCGAUCGUCUUCGCCGGCGAGGCCCGGCAUCUUGAGGAGCGCCUCGCGGAAGCCGCCCUCGGAAGGGCCUUCCUCCUCCAAGGCGGCGACUGCGCCGAGAGCUUCAAGGAGUUCAACGCCAACAACAUCCGAGACACCUUCCGCAUUCUCCUUCAGAUGGGCGCCGUCCUUAUGUUCGGCGGGCAGAUGCCCAUCGUCAAGGUGGGGAGGAUGGCGGGGCAGUUCGCGAAACCGAGGUCGGAGCCGUUCGAGGAGAAGGACGGGGUGAAACUGCCGAGCUACAGGGGGGACAACGUCAAUGGCGACGCGUUCGACGAGAAGUCGAGGAUACCGGACCCGCAGAGGAUGAUCAGGGCCUACUGUCAGGCGGCGGCGACGCUCAACCUCCUCCGGGCUUUCGCCACCGGUGGAUACGCCGCCAUGCAGCGCGUCACCCAGUGGAAUCUCGACUUCACCGAGCACAGUGAGCAGGGCGACAGGUACAGGGAGUUGGCCCACCGGGUGGAUGAGGCUCUGGGGUUCAUGGCUGCUGCUGGUCUCACAGUUGACCACCCUAUCAUGACCACCACUGAGUUUUGGACCUCCCAUGAGUGCCUCCUCCUUCCCUACGAGCAGGCCCUCACUCGUGAGGACUCCACCUCCGGCCUCCACUAUGAUUGCUCCGCCCACUUCCUUUGGGUUGGCGAGCGCACCCGCCAGCUUGGCGGUGCUCAUGUUGAGUUCCUCCGAGGCGUGGCCAAUCCCCUUGGCAUCAAGGUGAGUGACAAGAUGGAUCCGAACGAACUGGUGAAGCUGAUUGAGAUUUUGAAUCCUCAGAACAAGCCAGGAAGGAUCACCGUGAUCGCGAGGAUGGGGGCUGAGAACAUGAGAGUGAAGCUGCCUCAUUUGAUCCGGGCUGUCCGUAGAGCUGGUCAGAUAGUCACUUGGGUCAGCGACCCCAUGCAUGGGAACACCAUCAAGGCUCCUUGUGGCCUCAAGACUCGUCCCUUCGAUUCAAUUCUGGCUGAGGUGCGGGCAUUCUUCGAUGUCCACGAGCAAGAAGGGAGCCACCCAGGGGGCGUGCACCUGGAGAUGACUGGGCAGAAUGUGACAGAGUGCAUUGGAGGAUCCCGGACCGUCACCUUCGAUGACCUGAGCUCGCGCUACCACACCCACUGUGACCCAAGGCUCAAUGCCUCCCAGUCUCUUGAACUGGCAUUCAUCAUUGCUGAGCGGCUCAGAAAGAGAAGGAUGGCAUCACAACGCCUCAACCAACAUAAUCAGGUGGGAUCCUUGCCCUCCCUGGGGCUCUAAAUGGAGGACAUUGGUGUAGAGGAUGGAGUGGUCCAGUCCCAUUCUUUUCCUUGAUCUGAGCUCGUAUUAUUGAAAUAUGAGUUUACAAAUUAUAUAUGCUCUCUUUUUAUUUUUUUUGGAAAGUAAUAACUGUUCAUGUAAACCUAAAACAAUUGGUUUGGUAUUUGAGAUAAGGGGGAAGAAGGCUUGAGCAAUGAGAAUAGUAGAUUGUAUGUUUGAUGGGAAGUGAGAUAUUGUCAAACCCUUCCAUUUGUAAAAUGCUUCUCUGCACUUGCACUGGUCCUGGUAACCAUCUGUUUCCUUUUAUAA